AUGAGCGAACAAAAGCAGGGCAGGAGGCGGCGAUCCAGUAGUCUGUUAUAUCAAGAACCCCCGGAGACGAUAGAGCAUAUGAGUGAUCAAGCUGCCUUGCCAAAUCUGAAUGCCAAUUGGGUAAAUGCGAAGGGUGCCUGGACAAUACACUUGGUUCUCAUUGCUUGCCUCAAGGUCCUGUUCGAUAUAAUUCCUGGCGUGUCACAGGAGACAUCUUGGACCUUGACCAACAUUUCAUACAUGUUUGGCUCCUUUCUCAUGUUUCAUUGGGUUCGGGGAGUUCCUUUCGAAUUCAACGCAGGAGCAUACGAUAAUCUGAACAUGUGGGAGCAAAUCGACAACGGGGCUCAAUACACACCAGCGAAAAAGUUCCUUCUGAGUGUUCCGAUAGUGCUGUUCCUUUUGAGCACACAUUAUACCCAUUACGACCUCACAUAUUUCACGAUCAACUUUCUGGCGGUGCUGGGGGUUGUGAUACCAAAAUUACCAUACAGUCACCGAACUAGAGUGGGGUUGUUCUCUGGCGCACCGGAAGAUAGGUAG